AUGGCAGCAAAUAUUGGACUCUCAAAAGUAUUCAUUCUUGACAAAUAUUUUAAGGAGCUCCAGAAAUUUUGGGAAACAGAAAAGAAGCUGCAAGAUGCAUCAUCAUCAAAUGAAGCUGUGCAUUUGCAACAAAGACUAAAAAGUUUAAGCACUGAAUUGGUUACACUUAGAAAUCGAUUACACGUGACGGGAUCGAGUGCAAGUACAGGAUUGCCAGGAAGUAAUAUUAUGGCCAGUUGCUCGAAUUUCCCAUCAACACAGAACUUAAAUGUUGGAAAAACAAAUUCUGUAAAUCCCAUCAAUACAAAUAAUAUGACAAAACCUUUAAAUAAUAAUAACAACAAUAACAACAACACAGUUGUUAAUUACAACUUUAAGAAUUCUUCAUCUGUUAUCAACAACAAUCAAUUGCCCAAUCCGAUAUCAAACAAAUUCAUUGCACCACACAAAAAUAACCAUGUGGUUACAACGAGAAACAUUUCUGUGCCACUUCCCUUGCCUAACACGGAUGUUGAUAUAAAAGUUCAUGAAAAUCAUUCGAAAGAUCGCAUGGCUCUUAUUCAUGAAAUUCGAAAGAAAAAUGAUUUUUUCUCAAACAAUGGUGCCACCGAAUUAUCAUCAAUUGACAUGGAAGAUCUGAUUCAUUUAUUAGGCCCACUCACCGAAGAUGCCGUCAUGAAAACUCUUCAAGCUCGUUUUAAUGAGAAGAAAUAUUUGACAAAUGUCGGUCCAAUUUUACUCUCAAUAAAUCCGUACCAGGAUCUUGGAAAUCCUUUAACCUUAUCAUCAACACGCUCAAUUGCGAUGGCACCACAACUUCUUAAAAUAGUACAAGAAGCUGUUCGUCAACAAGCCGAGACUGGAUAUCCACAAGCAAUCAUCUUAUCAGGUGCAUCUGGUGCUGGUAAAACUCAUUGCUCAAUGUUAUUGUUGAGAGGGUUGUUUGCAGUCGCUGGAGGUGGGCCAGAAACUGAUGCGUUCAAGCAUCUCGCAGCUGCUUUCACAGUUUUGCGUUCACUUGGUUCAGCAAAGACAGCGACGAAUUCUGAAUCAAGUAGAAUUGGUCAAUUCAUUGAGGUUCAAGUUACUGACGGAGCACUUUAUAGAACAAAAAUUCACUGUUACUUCCUUGAUCAAACAAGAGUCAUCAGACCAUUGGAAAAUGAGAAAAAUUAUCACAUUUUUUAUCAAAUGCUUGCCGGUUUGAAUGACGAAGAGCGAACGAGAUUGAAUUUGGAUGGAUUUUCGAUUAGCAAUUUGAAUUACCUGAAAGGUGGAGACAUUCAUCAAGAUGAACAAGAAGAUGCUGCAAGAUUUCAAGCUUGGAAAGCUUGUCUAGGAAUUUUGGGAAUUCCUUUCAUUGAUGUUGUGCGCGUUCUUGCUGCUGUUUUAUUGUUGGGCAAUAUUUCAUUUAUUGAUAAUCAGAGUUUGGAAGUUGACAUCAUUGGAGAGUCUGAAUUGAAUUCAAUUGCAAAUCUUCUUGGCGUUUCACCACAAGCGCUCUUCAGAGGAUUAACAACGAGAACACAUAACGCUCGUGGAGGUUUAGUUAAAUCAGUUUGCGAUGCAAACAUGUCAAAUAUGACGAGAGAUUCGUUGGCAAAAGCUCUCUACUGUCGAACAGUAGCGACGAUUGUCAGAAGAGCGAACAGUCUUAAAAGACUUGGCUCGGGAACUCUCAGCUCUGACUCGAAUGAAUCUGUUCACAAUCAAGCAGAGAUUAACAGUCAACAUGCUUCAACAAUUGGUGGUAAUUCAGGAUCAAAAUCGAUGGUCGCAUUGAACAAUGCUGUGCGUCAUGCGACUGAUGGCUUCAUUGGAAUCCUCGACAUGUUUGGCUUCGAAGAUCCAUCAUCAAAACUUGCACAACUUGAACAUUUGUGUAUCAAUCUUUGUGCUGAAACGAUGCAACAUUUUUACAACACGCACAUAUUUAAAAGUUCAAUUGAAUCAUGUCGAGAAGAAGGAAUAAUUUGCGACACUCAAGUCGAUUAUGUCGACAAUGUGCCAUGCAUUGAUUUGAUUUCAUCAUUACGCACUGGAUUGUUGAGUAUUUUAGACGCUGAAUGUUCAAAGCGUGGAACAGCUGAAGCUUAUGUUUCAAAAAUCAAAGCACAACAUCGAAACUCAAAAAGACUUGACCGUUCUGAUUCUCAUGGGCCACGACAAUUUGUCAUUCGUCAUUUUGCUGGUAAAGUUGAAUAUGACGCCACCGACUUUUUAGAUACAAAUCGAGAUGUUAUAAGCGAUGAUUUGGUUUCUGUUUUCUAUAAACAUUCUUGUAAUUUUGGAUUUGCCACUCAUCUCUUUGGAACUGAAUUGAGAGCUUUAUAUUCGCAAGAAACUGUUCCGAGAGGUAUGAGCUUCCGAAUUGCUCCAACAUCGUUGACAGAUUUAUUAAAUGGAGAUGAACCAGUGUCGACUUUGACACAAGAUUUUCAUACGAGACUCGAUAAUUUAUUGAGAACACUUGUCAUGUCACGACCACAUUUUGUACGAUGCUUUCGAAGUAAUUCGAAUGAGAAGUCGAAUUGCUUUGAUAAAGGAACAGUCGUCAAGCAGAUUCGAGCUUUGCAAGUGUUGGAAACUGUCAAUCUUAUGGCGAGUGGUUAUCCACAUCGAAUGAGGUUUAAACAAUUUAUUUGUCGGUAUAAAAUGCUGAUACCAUUCCGAUUGUUGAAACUUUGCGAGGAAAAUGCUUUGGAAGAUUGCAAACUCAUUUUAGAUUGCGCUAUUGAACAUCCUUUCGAAAUUGAUGUGUCGGUGAGUCUUGCAUGGGCGCCAGGAAAGCGUCACAUCUUUUUAAGUGAAGGCAUGCGACAACAUUUGGAGAAUCUUCGAACACAAACGAGAAAUGAAAGCGCAACUCUCAUUCAAUCUGUUUGGCGUGGGUGGCAACUUCGACGACUAAAUGCUUUUAAAAAAGAUUUAAUUUUGUCAUCAAAUAAUGUUGUUGCUCCAAGAACAAACAAUCUUUGCCUUCCUCCAACGACAAGACCGAGGCCGCAACCCAUAACUGGCACUCCUGACUUAGAAUCUGAUUUGACAAGAGGAAGAGUUGCUUACCGUCCUUUGGAUCAGAAUGAAAAAUGUGACGUCAAAGUUAUACAUCAAACAUGCACCCUUUUUGGAUUAGAUUUAGAGACUCCACCGCCUGUUCCACCAUCCCGAUCAUAUACAGUGACUGGAAACUCCAAACUCGGCUAUCCACAAAUUCGUAUAAUGAAAAUGAAUUUUCCUGAAGAAAUUCAAAACAAUAGACUGAAUGAACAAUUACGAAAAGGUGAGGCUGUAACAGUUGUAGGAGCUUCUCAACGUCGGGGACAUUUAUUAGUUGAGUGCAAUGGCGUAAUGCAUCACGUUCCAUUCCAGUUUUUAGAACUUGUUAAGAAUAAUUCUAACAAUACAUUGGUUGCCAAUAAAAAGAUUCAACAUGUCAAGUUAUAAGUUUUGAACCAC